AUGACUUUUGACACAAAGCUAACGUGGAAAAGUCACAUUGCUAAAAUAGCAGAACGCGUCUCCAAUAGACUGAAUGAACUGAAGCGUCUUGCUGGUAGCGUAUGGGGCUGUGCACGCUCAACUCUAAACACCACUUACAAGAUGUUUAUUCAGACAAUAAUGUUGUAUUGCUGUGAGCCACUCAUUACAGCCACAGAGGUGACUCUCAAACCACUCGAGAAGGCAUACAACCAAGCAUUACGACUAAUUACUGGAGGGAUAAAAUCAACAUCUAUUGAUGCAAUGCUCCAAGUUACAGGAAGCACCACAAUGUGUUCCCUUAUCAAAGAAAAGGCCUUGAUCUUGUAUGAGAAACUACUGCGCAUUUCCCUUGGAUAA